AUGCAACAAUUGGAAGAAGCAACAGGAAUUCUGCCAAAGGUGUUAAUGACAGAUGAGGAUCUUUUGAUGAAACAUGUAGUUAAUAACUUUCCUAAUAUAACUCAUCUUUUUUGUUUAUAUUACUUGGGUCAAAACAUUUUAAAAAACCUUCGAAGCAAACUUGGUAAUCAAUAUACAGAAUUUAUUCAAAACUUCUAUCUGGCAUGUAAUAGUCUAAGUGAAGACAUAUUUGAAGCACGUUUUACAAACCUCUUAAAUAAAUAUCCAACUGUAUCUUCCUAUCUACAACAACUAUCAUUUAUUAAAAAAUCGUGGGCAUGUGCUUAUACAUCUAAAAUUUUCACAGGUGGAAUACAGUCUACUCAGAGAGUUGAGAGUCUCAACAAUCUUAUUAAAACUGCUGUCAACAGCAUAUCCACAUUAAUGGAAGUUAUGGAGGCAAUUCAUCAACAUCUUGAGUUUAAACAAAUUGAUAAAUAUCUGACGUCUAAUUUAGCAGCAGAACAGCAAAAACAAAUUGUUGAAUCUACUGAUGUUGAAUAUAAUAAUGACUUCAUUGAAAAUAUAUAUGACACUUCACAGUCAUAUUUAUUAGCUCUAAUUAGUGAAAAUGAAUAUUCGACUAUUCAAGAAGUUUAG